AUGUCUCCAUCAGCCGCCACACAAAAUCCCGUCGAGACUCCCAGCGCCCUUAGCUCCUCUGGGAAAGGGGCUGCGGUGCCUUCCCGUACACAGCCUGAACAGGUCCAGUCCAUGGGCAAGACUAAAGAUGGGAGAGCCUUGAAGAUACGCACCUAUCCCAAAUUUGAAUCGCUUUUGGAAGAGCGUGUCUACCGCAAGCAACAUCUUGCCGCCGCCUUUCGAGUUUUCGCAGACCGGGGCUUUGACGAAGGCGUGGCCGGCCACAUCUCCGUUCGCGAUCCCAUUCUCACAGACCAUUUUUGGCUCAAUCCGUUGUCGAUGCAUUUCUCCCAGAUUAGGGUCUCGGAUCUGAUACUCGUUGAUGAAGACGGUGCUAUAGUAGUGGGCGACCAGCCGAUAAACACCGCUGCAUUUACCAUCCACUCGGCUAUUCACAAGGCUCGACCGGAUGUCCACGCUGCCUGCCAUGCCCACAGUGUCUAUGGCAAGGCUUUCUCGUGCUUCGGUCGGAAGCUUGAAAUGUUGACACAGGACUCUCUCAGGUUCUACGAAGAUCACGCCGUCUACGAUAACUUCGGCGGCGUGGUGGUAGACAAGGAGGAGGGAGAUCGUAUCGCCAAAAGCCUUGGAAACUGCAAAGCAGUCAUAUUGCAAAACCACGGUCUUCUGACUGUGGGUCAGUCAGUUGACGAAGCCGCAUUUUGGUUUAUAAGUCUUGACAAGACUUGCCAGGCGCAGCUUCUAGCCGAUGCAGCAGCAGCGGGUUCUGGCCACAAGAAGAUUACUAUCAGUGAUGAAGAGGCAGAAUACUCGAAAGCGAAUGUUGGUGGACCUGACAAGGGAUGGCUGGCAUUCCAACCCUACUACGACGAACAGCUCGCCAAGACGAAUGGCCACUUCCUAGGCUAG